AUGAAUCACGUUCAGCAACUCUUUGGCAAGACGGCAUUGGUCGCCUGCGACUCCAUCUCCAAGAUGCACAAGAGAUACUGCGGCAGCCGCCUCGACAAGGCCUGCCAGCAAGGCUCUGACUACAAGAGACGAGCCGCCAAGCGUGAGCUCCAGCAGCAGCAGGAGGACUUCUACCAACCUUUUCAACGUCCAGACUGCCAUAUCCUUCAGAAGCUCGACCCUUCUGCCCUGCUCUGCGUCGUUGACUUUCUCCCUCUCGACACGCAGGCCGUUCUCUCCCAGACGUGCCGGGCCAUGAGAAACAUCCUCAAGGUCCCCGAGCCUGCCAACCUCCCAUACGUUGAGCGGGUCGACUAUCUCGCCAACUUGGCCAAGGACCGCGUCGACUACUGGGUCUGUGACGAGUGCGUCAAGAUCCACAAGAUGCACCUCGCGGACCGUCCUCUCUCGACAGUAAGCGGUAACUGCAAGAGAGUCAACAUCGACAACAACACAUCUUGCAACCUCUUCCGCUGGCGAAAGCACUUUUUCCUCACCAGCCAACACGUGGAACUCGCCCUCAAGUACACUCGCCUGGGCAAGGACAAGCUCGGCUGGAAGCACAGGCUGUACCUCGAAGAGGUGCUCAAGCCUCGCAUCUGCCGCGACAAGAUGCGUGAUGUCGGUGGGCUCAAGAAGAACGUCACAUGUCGAAUUGAGCCCAAGGUUGUGGAUGGGAGAUUCCUACUUCGGACUGAGUGGACAUACAGCUUCAAAGACAAGGAGAAGCUCACCGCACAGGACGUCUGGAGACUGCUUGGACGCCAGGGUGAAGAAUGCUCAUGGUACGAGAUGCGGUAUAGCGAAGUUGGCGUUUCACAGGAAGGUGAUGACGACUGCUCAACUUGCCAUCGCUGUCUCUCUCGAGCAGCCACCAAGCGAGCCGUUGAGAACCACAACGUCGAUGUCGAGGGACACGACCUCAGCAGUCCAACCGACUACACCUUCCGUGUCGAAGCCGGCAAGGCCAAGCUGAUAGCCUGGCAAGACAUUGGCAAAGGUGUCUCGCCCAUUGAUCUGGCGUGGACGAGGACGAUGCUCACGCAGCCCGAGGACGAUUGGUCGGGAGAAGAGGAUGAGAUGGAGGAUGUGGACUUGAGAAUUGGGCAUGGACCCAGGGAUGUGCGGAGUUUGUUUGAGAGCAACUAG